GGAAGUGACGUCACAGCUCUAAUCUCUCGGGCGGCGGCCAUGUUGGAAAUGGACGUGGAGGCAACGGCGCUCCUCACGGCCCAGAUCGUGUGCAAGUUGGCCGACUCCAACUUCUACUCGAGGCUGCACGGCGCCGUCACGAAAGAGGUUCAGAGUGACGAAGUCCGACUCUCCACUCUGAGUGAAGACCUCAGGAACGCCUUGAAGAAGUCAGGUUGGAAAGCGAAACUCCAGAAUGCUGUUUACAGAGAGAUGAGCGUGCUGCCGAGCGCUGCGCUGUCGCCCGAGCUGAGGAAGGAGCCCCUGGCGUACAUGCGGCGAGCACAGGCGCAGUGGGAGAAGCGGGUGAUGAAGAGUUUGAACAGCAUGUGCACGGAGCUCGGAGUCACUCUCUAUCAGAAGCGUUCGCCCGAAGAGCAGAAAGGGCUGCUGAGCAAAUGGAGUGAGAUGGGGUCCGACGAACCAGAUCUGAGUCGGUUCCGGCCUGUCUACGCGCCCAAGGACUUCCUCGAGGUCCUUGUGCAUCUUCAGGACCCCGAGGUGUUGAACUUUGACCCGGGACACCCGUGUCGGCCGUGGGGGCUGGUGCAGGUGCCUCUCGAGAUCAGCACCUCCGAGCAGCUGUCUCAGCACUUUAAGGAGCUUGCCCUGUACGAGCAGCAGACUGGCUUGGAAGACGUCACUCCAUUUACCUCCGAAUCAUUCGAAGUGCAGAGAGAGAAGCUGGCAAAGAAAGUGCUGGAGACAGAUGAGAGUCUGCUGGCCCAGCACUUUGCCCGGAAGGGCUGCCCCAACGCCCAGCGCGCCGCUCUGUGGCUCCUCAUCCUCAACGUCUCCAUGGGCGCCGAGGAAAUACAGAUGUAUGAGCAGCUCAAGUCGGCAGUGGUCCAGCAGGAUCUGCUUGUGGACAACCUCAUCUACAAGGAUGUGAAGCUGACGGCCAGCAAUGAUGACUACUACUUCGUGUUUGAAGACUUCCUUUACCAGGUGCUGUUGUGUUUCUCUCGAGACACAAAAGUGCUGAGCCACUUUGAACACAACAGCGCCACUCCGCCCAAGACGUAUUCCCCAGGGAAAAUGGGCGUGGAAGAGUUUGCGACCGUCUACCCGCCCAGCGGUGUCAUUCCCUUCCACGGCUUCACGAUGUACGUGGCUCCGCUGUGCUUCCUCUACCACGAGCCGCACACCCUCUACUACGCCUUCCGCCAGAUGUACGUGCGCCACUUCUUCCGGCUUCACUCGGUCUCCUCCCACCCGUCGGGCAUCGUGGCGCUGUGCCUGCUCUUUGAGACGACUCUGCAGAGGCUCCAGCCGCGUCUCUUCCACCAUCUCCGGGACAUCGGCGCGCAACCGCUGCGCAUCGCCUUCAAGUGGCUCGUGAGGGCCUUCUCCGGCUACCUGGCCACGGACCAGCUGCUGCUGCUCUGGGACCGCUUGCUCGGCUUCAACUCGCUCGAGCUGCUGGCAGUGCUGGCGGUCGCCAUCUUUGUGCUCAGAGCGGAGAAUCUCAUGGAGGCUGCUUCUCUCGCGUCCGCCGAGGCCGUGCUCGCCGAUCUGUCCACCGUCAAGGUGGUGCCGCUGCUCCAGCUCGUGCUCUUCGUGGACUCAAGUGACGACGUGGACUCGCGCAGGAAGCACGCCGCCUACCCCGACAGCAUCCCUCGGCUGCCCACGCCUACCACCAACCGCUCCCGUGUUCAGGAAGUUGGGUAUUGCGUGGGGGCGGGCCUCUGAUUUGUGUCGAGAAUUUGGUUUUGGUGAAACACGUUCCUUCGGAGUGGGCAGGUAGGAACUUGGUUGGACGGCGCAUUCGUGCGAUCCGUGUCACGCGGCGCAAGCCGCGUGGGGCGGCGCGUCACGUGGUGCUGAGCCCGCCCGAAGCGCUCUGUAUGAAAUACAAAUCGAGGACGUGGCUAUGCACGACAAACAGACAAACAAAUAAUCCCUGGUGGGCAGUGUGGAACUCUUGUUCCUACCUGUAAAAAAGCAAUUUCCAUUGAAUUAACCCAGCCCCAACGUUCCACCAUCACCACCUUCACGAUGAGCCCAUGGUCUAUCCACUGCUGAAGGACUCCUCACCCUGUGACCCCCUCCCCAACGUCCGAUCAAGGUCUCCGCCACGCCGUCGCCACCAUUCUCACGGUCCCUGCGAUGCCACAAUCCAUCCCCACACUCUGACGCGAGCCGAACUCGAAUGUGCCCAGUCCCUGCGGUGGUCACGUUCGAUCAUUUGUCAUUCAGUCAGCAGUCUCAGCGUCGUCCAUUAUUGGCCAGCCAUCCCUCUCGGGAUGUGGCUUUCCCAAGCCCCCACUUAAAUGAAAAUUUUAUAUUUUACCAGGUAAUGCUCAGAGGCGACCUGGCCACUAAUGAUAGCUCAACGAAGUGGCUGUAUUAUCACGUGGGAAUUUAUAGCACCCAAAUACUCUGAGCGCGUGUCGUUGAUUCUAAAUGUGGAUGGAAAAAAAUCCAGAGGUCCUGGAGAAAAAUCCACGCGAACACAGGGAGCGGGAGAGAGACACGCAAACUCCAAAUAUAUACGGCAGACGUCAGGGACGGGAUCGAACCCACGACCCUCUUGUAUACCAGACGAGGUAGUUAACAACUCAACAACGUGCCACUUAUUUCCUUUAACAUUCAAUGAUUCGUCUAAUUUGGCAAUCGCGAGCCACGUGUUCUUCUGUUUUUUAUUGCAACUCGAGCCUGGAUAUCUGCGCUCUCUCGGCUUCCUUCGCCCGCGUCCGUGCGUCCGAUCCGUCCGAUAAGCAGGUUUAAGAAAAAAAUUAACCCGUAAAAACAAAGUUUUUCACUAUAAAUCCUUUAUAUGCGUGGCGGCUAGAGUCCUCUCGUCCUCUGGCUUGAGAUGGCUGCCACCUAUGGGUCAGAUAAAUGUCUGCCACCACAUUAAAGCAAUUGGUAAUUAAAUAUAAUAAUUUUUUUCCUAAAAAGUGUAAAAUUUUGGAACAAAAAUUUUCACGAAAAUACAUUGUAACGCACAACGAGUCUGUGUGCAAAAUGUCAGCUCGAUUGGAUCACGGGAAGUGGGUUAAAAAACGACCGAAAGAUUUGCACGGUCGUAAGCAAGCAAGCAAGCAAACGAACUUAAUAUAAAGGAUUUAAAAAGCACGCAGAUUGAAACCUUUCCUCAACAAACACGACACUGCGCCUCUGCACUUUUGUUCAAAAUCUCGGUGAAGCAAAACCGCGCAUCGAAUUCAAGCCGUGACUGCCGUACGCGCCUAAAGGCAGUCCCCCGAGUCGCGCCACGAACAUGACAUCGAUAUCUCGGUUUCACUGCUGGAUGAACGCAGCGGGCGGCCAUCGCCGAUUUUCACGACGUGCAUCUGCCGCACAGGAGGGGGUGGUGGUGGGGGGAAGGAAUCUUCUCUCUCGAAUCCAGGAGCCAAUAAUACUGGUAGGAACCUCCUGGUUACACCAGCCCACAGGGGAUUAUUGUGUCCGUCCGUCGUGCAGGGAGGGGCUGGGGGGGGAGGGGCUGGUCACCCCGUGGUGCCCUUAUAAAACUCAACGUUUAACCUACUCACGCCGGCUUGUGCCCGCCCUCACAGUCGGGCAUAUUUGCGGAAUACACCACGUCCGCCGUUGACCCUGGCCAUUGACCGAGCAACCCAACGUUCCUACCAGCUCCCUCCGCAGGAAUGCAUUCAUUGUUCAAGAAAUGGAAGGCGACCCGCGGACAAAGACGACUUAAAGAUCUUUAUUUGUACGGCGCAGAUUAAUUACAUUUGUUUCAAUACUGAAAUUUAAGUGGUACAUGUAUUUACAAUUUUAAGCGGCCCUGAAUAUAGCGAUUACAUGAAUGAGGUAUACGCAAUAAAGGUCGGACGUUAAA